AUGGACGGCGGCGGCGCUUACCGCUGCCGCGCCAACCGGCACCUGGAGGGCGGCCAGUCGGCGCUGCCGGGCUCGCUGCUCUUCGCGGCCGGCCUGCUGGGCAACGUGUUGGCGCUGGGGAUCUUGUGGCAGCACCAGCUCCGCGCGCGGCUGCAGCGCGCCGGCGGCUGGGGGCGCCCAAGGGCGUCCGCCUUCUACCUCCUGGUCAGCGCCUUGGCCGCCACCGACCUGCUGGGCAAGUGCCUGCUCAGCCCCAUCGUCCUGGCCGCCUAUGCGCGCAACCGCAGCCUCAGCGAGCUCUGGCCGCCGCCAGCAACUGCCGUCGGGGAAGACGCAGCCGCCGACGCUGGAGACGCGAACCCCGGGAGCCUGUGCCAGCUGUUCGCCUUCCUGAUGGCUUUCUUCGGCCUGGCGCCCACCAUGCUGCUACUAGCCAUGGCCCUGGAGUGCAGCCUGUCGCUGGGACACCCCUACUUUUACCAGCGCCACACCAGCCGGCGCCUGGGCGCGCUGCUAACCGUCGCGGCGGGCGCGCUGUGCGCCCUCUUCUGCGCCCUGCCGCUGCUGGGCUUCGGUGCCAUCGUGCAGUACUGCCCGGGCACCUGGUGCUUCAUCCGCAUGGCCGGCGGCGGGCGGGCCUACUCGGUGCUCUACGCCAGCCUCCUGGGCGCGCUGGGACUCGCCAUCGGACUCUGCAACCUGGUCAGCAUGCGCAGCCUCUACCGCAUGGCGCGCCGGCAACCCCCGCGAAGGAGCCAGCCGGCCGGAGCGCACGGAAGCGGCGGUGGCCCCGGCGCCCCGUCGACAGCGCCUCCCGGCGCCGGCCGCACAGAAGAGCUGGGCCAGCUGGUCUUGCUGGCUCUCAUGACCGCCCUCUUCACCAUCUGCUCCCUGCCCAUGAUCGUGAGUAACGCUACGAGGGGGGACGGGAGAGCUGUGCGCUUUGGAGAGGCCCUGGCCGUCGAGGGAAACGCCCCGUCGGAAGGCGCGCUCUGUGCGCCCAGAGGGCAUAAUAAUAAUAAUAAUAAUAAUAAUAAUAAUAAUAAUAAUAAUUUAUUAUUUAUACCCCUCCCAUCUGGCUAGAUUUCCCAUCCACUCUGGGCAGCUUCAAACAAAAGAUUAAAAAUACAUUAAAACAUCAGUCAUUCAAAACUUGCCUAAACAGGGCUGCCUUCAGAUGUCUUCUAAAUGUCAUAUAGUUGUUUAUCUCUUUGACAGGGAGGGCAUUCCACAGGGCCUCUCCAGGGAACCUCCAGCCAUAGGAGCCAACUCCGAGGGACUGAGGGGGCUUUGCCCCCCAAAUAAUAUAUUUGAGGGGGUCAGGGGCCCCCAAAGUUGACUGGCAUUCAAAUGGUUUGUGUGCACCACAUUAUGUGAUGAAUUAUGUGGGGCAGGGCAAUACCUGGGCUACCACAGUAUUUAAUUCAAGUUGGCGCUCCUGCCUCCAGCAUUUUGGUCCUUGGUGGGGGGAAGCCCCCCCCCCCCCGCUGUGUAUGUCUAGAUGCCUAGAGAGCAUGGAGUAGGUAUCUCAAGUACCACAUUGCCAUGUGCCUCUCAAAGGCACCUCUGGCAUCUGCAGGUGGAGCUGAGAAAGACUUGGGGUGAGAGGAAGACCAGAGGGUCUCCUUGUGCCAGCCAGCCAUGGGCCAGGCUGAACCCAGCAUUUUGUGGGGCCUGAGACAGAAGAGAGAUGGUCCACCCCCUUUUGCAAACACUUUCUGCCAGAACACUGCCGUGGUCACACUUGCAGGUAAAGAUAAAGGUAAAGGGACCCCUGACCAUUAGGUCCAGUUGUGGCCGACUCUGGGGUUGCGGCGCUCAUCUCGCUUUAUUGGCCGAGGGAGCCGGCAUACAGCUUCCGGGUCAUGUGGCCAGCAGGACUAAGCCGCUUCUGGCGAAGCAGAGCAGCGCACGGAAACGCCGUUUACCUUCCCGCCGGAGCGGUACCUAUUUAUCUACUUGCACUUUGACGUGCUUUCGAACUGCUAGGUUGGCAGGAGCAGGGACCGAGCAACGGGAGCUCACCCCGUUGCGGGGAUUCGAACCACCGACCUUCUGAUCGGCAAUUCUUAGGCUCUGUGGUUUAACCCACAGCGCCACCCGCGUCCCUUGCAGGUAGCUAGAUUUAAAAACUAAACUGAGGACUGUGUGAAAUUAGGAGGUCGAGAGACACAGAAUCGUCUCAGUGCUAUUUUUUCUAGGAAAGAGAUGCCAGAACUCACCUUGUUCUCUUAGAAUGGCAACGGUGCCCAUCUGGGAGGUGCCGGAACUGAGUUCCCAGGGUCAUCUAGUCCAACCCCAUGCAAUGCAGGAAUCUUUCACCCGACUUCAGGCUCAAACCCACAACCCUCUACCAGCUGAGCUGUCUGGAUCAGAAGAUCUACUCCAGUGAAGGCAGCACUGACAAUCAUGAGUGGUGAAUUGGGCUUUUUUAUUUUUGGUGGACUGAUGUGGAUUUUACUGUUUGUAGUGAUAUUACUGUUACCACCGUUAUAUUCUCAUUGUUUACUUUACUUCUCGUUGUAUGUUCUUUGUGGGACACCUUGAGAUUUUGUUAGAAAGGUGCUGAAGAAAUUUAAUAAAACGAACAACAGUAAUAAUAAAUUAGCACACUUAAUAAUAAUAAUAAUAAUAAUAAUAAUAAUAAUUUAUUAUUUAUACCCCGCCCAUCUGGCUGAGUUUCCCCAGCCACUCUGGGCGGCUCCCAAUCAAAUGUUAAAAACAGUACAGCAUUAAAUAUUUUAAAAAUAAUAAUAUUAAGGACACCCGAAGAGCCUGCAGGAUGAGGCCAAUGGUCCGUCUGGUCCAGAAUUCUGUUCUCCCAGUGGCCAACAAGAUUCCUGUUGGAAACCCGCAAGCAGAACUUCAGCAGAACACCCCGGUUGUGGUUCCCUGCAACUGGUAGACUGCCACCCAGAAUGGAGGUUCCACCCUUUUAGUCUUGCCUGCAGGGGCACAGAUGCCAUACACCAGGCACAGGCAAACUCAGCCCUCCAGAUGUUUUUUGGGACUACAAUUCCCAUCAUCCCUGCCCACUGUUCCUGUUAGCUAGGGAUGAUGGGAGUUGUAGUCCCAAAACAUCUGGAGGGCCGAGUUGGCCUCUGCCUGCCACACGUGAUGAUCUGCGCACCUGAUUAGAAGAGGGCCGGCGACUUCUGCUAGCAAACGUGUCUUUUCCAUGUUUCAUGCCUCCCUGAACAGAUUUAGCUCUAAUCUCCCUUUUGCAUCUCUUUGAUAACUGCGCACCUUCCUGUCCUUUCUGCUGAAGCCCUCGCAGAUUGUUUAAUUUAACAGAAAACAGAGUCUGGGCCAUAGCAGGACUGCGGUGAUAAAUGAUCUAGCAGCUAUUAACACAGGCUGGAAUUGUUUUAGGAAAGGGGGGGAAAUCACAGCUGCUCCCUGGAGGCAGAAUUCUGAAAGAGGGGGACUUCACACAAGACGGGUUGGAUUCUCCUUUCUAGCAUCCUCAUUGGCCUGGCCAAAAUAUCCGUGACAUAUGCUUGCUUUCACUUUUGGGGGUGACAGUUUGGCGUCUGUUUUCCAUCCACGUUGCAAUCCAUCUCUAGAACAAAUUGGUUGGAGAUAAUGGCCCGGCGGUUGAGGGUGUUUUCUGCAGCAUGUUCUUGACACAAGAAUAGUUCAUUAGCAGAGGAUUUAUCUCACUUUGGUUUGGUCCGUGUCUCUUUCCCAAAUCAUGCCCCGUUAUUGCUGCCUAGGAGGGCCACAGUGCAUGCAAAAGAAGCAAAGAAAAUGAAACAGAACAUUUGUGGUAUAAAAAAAUUACAGGAUUUCAGCAGGAAGAUACGCACCAACUGGGAAUGAAGCCGCGUGAUCAGCCCCCAAGCUUUUGCAGGUGCAACCGGCGUUGAAAUCGUGAUCACGUGUGACCUCCCUGAUAGCAUCGUGAGCACAAAUCAUCAUGCAUGUGCAUUCAAAAGGACACCUGGUUGUUUUUCACAUCUCAGAUUAGCUCAGCAGCAGUCUCCCAACCUGAAGUUUUGCAGCUUUCCCUGCGGCAGAUGUUGUUGGGUUUAAGGGCUUUAGAAAAGCAGGGUGUAUAUAAGAUACUCCAGGCUUUUAAAUAGUUAUUCGCCUAAUAAGGUGGGGGAAGGAGAAAAUGCUAAAAGUAUCGCUUUACGUUUUGUAGUGUGUGCAGUUUGAGCUCAAUUUAUAAUCAAGUCACAAAGCGAAAACUUGAAAUGGAGGCUUCAGGAGUGGACGCGCUAGGGAGUAAGUCGCAUGCAUGCAUAACUAAGGGGCAGGGGACUUUUCCCAGGCUGAGGGCUGCAUUCGCUUCUGGGCAAGAAAAUGGGGAUCACAUGCUGGUAGUGACCAGAGCUGAAACUGAGAGAGGGGGACACAAGAAAUGUCAAAUUCACCCCUUGCAGUAGGCUACUUUCUACAGAAACUAACACAACCCCUCUCUGUCAUUUGUAGAAGAUUUUGUAGAAUCGUGGAGUUGGAAGGGACCACGAGGGUCAUCUAGUCCAGCCCCCAGCAGUGCAGGAAUCUUUUGCCCAACGUGGGGCAAAUGCCACCAGAAUUUGAAACGGUGCAAAAUGUAGGCUCCUCUCCCGGUCUCUGAUCCACCUGCCCUUUCUUUCUCCCUAGCUUUCUGAAAUGACUCGCGUUCUCUUGCAGCAGUGACUGAGACUAAAGGAGAAUUUGAUCAGGUCGCUGUAACUUCCCCCCGCUGCCCCACCAGAGAACAGAAGCAUUUAUCUCCCAAGCCCCAUAGCCAUUGCCCUGUAAGUCACACCCUAACCCUGCUAUGGGACAUCACAGCGGACCUUGACUGCGCCUCGCUGUUGUGGCUAAGGGCUCUGAACCCUGCACUGGUUUUCUUGAGAAUCAUCACAUCACACCUCUCUGAGAUUAGCACAAGAGCGGGGAUGGAAAGAACAGCUGCCCUCUGGGCUGUUUGGACGUGGGAAGUGGUUCUGGGUAACAGAAAAGGCUCGCUGCUCUUCUCUCUUGGUUAAGCUGCAAAACAUUCCGGCUUUGUUUUCGGAGCACCGAUAAUGACAAGGCUCAGAUUUAUCGGAUUCUUUGCAGCUUGCUGCGAGUCAAAAGCUGCUAACUAACUGAUUUCUGGAACGGGACGGCGAGGGAACACUGACUAAUGUUGAUGCAUUUGAGAACUUGCUUUGGUUACUUGCACACAGUCGGGAGAAUGUUUCGCGCUGCCGGCCAACAGCAUCCAUUUUUUAGCCAAGGCACAUGGCAUGUCUGGAACAGAGCAAAGAAGAUUAAGACAGAUCUCUGGUCAUCAAGGCAGCCCUGCUGGGUCUGACAAAAGAGACCAUCAACUCCAAUAUCCUGUUUGCAGCAGAGAUGAUGUGCAGGACCCACAAGACAAGGCAGCGUGAAGACAGCAACCUUCUCCUCCUGUAGCAGUGGCUUACCUGUGGCCCUUGCCUGGUGCGCUUUGCGGGCAGGAUGAGGCCUCAGUUAGGAAAGCCAGAUCACAAUCUAGUUGUGUAGCCCUGCCAUGUGUGGUUAACGGGCUUUGAGGCUGGCACAUCUAGCCAUGAGAGCCAAGGCUGAGCAAACGAGCAUAGAAUCAUGAAAUAGUAGAGUUGGAAGGGACCCCUGAGGGUCAUCCAGUCCAGCCCCCUGCAAUGAGCCAACAGUGUGACGCGGCAGCUAAAAAAGCCAAUGCAAUUCUGGGCUGCAUCAAUAGGAGUAUAGCAUCUAGAUCAAGGGAAGUAAUAGUCCCACUGUAUUCUGCUCUGGUCAGACCUCACCUGGAGUACUGUGUCCAGUUCUGGGCACCACAGUUCAAGAAGGACACUGACAAACUGGAACGUGUCCAGAGGAGGGCAACCAAAAUGGUCAAAGGCCUGGAAACGAUGCCUUAUGAGGAACGGCUAAGGGAGCUGGGCAUGUUUAGCCUGGAGAAGAGGAGGUUAAGGGGUGAUAUGAUAGCCAUGUUCAAAUAUAUAAAAGGAUGUCACAUAGAGGAGGGAGAAAGGUUGUUUUCUGCUGCUCCAGAGAAGCGGACACGGAGCAAUGGAUCCAAACUACAAGAAAGAAGAUUCCACCUAAACAUUAGGAAGAACUUCCUGACAGUAAGAGCUGUUUGACAGUGGAAUUUGCUGCCAAGGAGUGUGGUGGAGUCUCCUUCUUUGGAGGUCUUUAAGCAGAGGCUUGACAACCAUAUGUCAGGAGUGCUCUGAUGGUGUUUCCUGCUUGGCAGGGGGUUGGACUCGAUGGCCCUUGUGGUCUCUUCCAACUCUAUGAUUCUAUGAUUCUAUGAUUCUAAUGCAGGAAUCUCAACAAGAUCAUCAAUGACCAAAUAUCAUCUCAACCGAAGCAUCCCUGACAGAUGGCCAUUCAACCUCUGCUUAAAAGCCUCCAAAGAAGGAGAGUCCACAACUUCCAGAGGGAGACUGUUCCACUGUUGAACAGCUCUUACUGUCAGAAAGUUCUUCCUGAUGUUUAGUCAGAAUCAGUGCCGGAUUUACUUAUAAGGUAGAGCCUAGGACUUGCUGAUCAGAAGGUCAGCGGUUCGAAUCUCCGCCACGGGGUGAGCUCCCGUUGCUCGGUCCCUGCUCCUGCCAACCUAGCAGUUCGAAAGCACGUCAAAGUGCAAGUAGAUAAAUAGGUACCGCUCCAGCGGGAAGGUAAACGGCGUUUCCGUGCGCUGCAGUGGUUCGCCAGAAGCGGCUUAGUCAUGCUGGCCACGUGACCUGGAAGCUGUACUCUGGCUCCCUCUGCCAAUAAAGCGAGAUGAGCGCUGCAACCCCAGAGUCGGCCACGACUGGACCUAAUAGUCAGGGGUCCCUAAACAAGCUCUAGCUUAGGGCCCCACUCUUUGGGGCCCCCCAAAAAAAUGAAAGAAAAAAAACUGGAUGCACAUUUCCAAAAUAUAAGAUAAAAAACAAAAUAAAACCUACAUACAGCAACAGUGUUUUGUGUUGUGUAGGCUCCUGUGAUGUAAGUCAUGGGCCCCGCCUGCUAGCCUGCUCCCUAACAUAUCACUGGUUAGAUAACUACUGUAUUGGGUCCAUAAAUUACCUUAUAGCAUACGUUGUUGUUGUUGUUUAGUCAUUUAUUCGUGUCCGACUCUUCGUGACCCCCUGGACCAGAGCACAGCAGGCACUCCUGUCUUCCACUGCCUCCCGCAGUUUGGUCAAACUCAUGCUGGUAGCUUCGAGAACACUGUCCAACCAUCUCGUCCUCUGUCGUCCCCUUCUCCUUGUGCCCUCCAUCUUUCCCAACAUCAGGGUCUUUUCCAGGCAGUCUUCUCUUGUCAUGAGGUGGCCAAAGUAUUGGAGCCUCAGCUUCAGGAUCUGUCCUUCCAGUGAGCACUCAGGGCUGAUUUCCUUCAGAAUGGAGAGGUUGGAUCUUCUUGCAGUCCAUGGGACUCUCAAGAGUCUCCUCCAGCACCAUAAUUCAAAAGCAUCAAUUCUUCGGUGAUCAGCCUUCUUUAUGGUCCAGCUCUCACUUCCAUACAUCACUACUGGGAAAACCAUAGCUUUAACUAUACGCAUAUAUUCAACCCAAAAAACAGCAGCAAUUUGUUGUUGACAAAGGACAGCUGGACAUUACCUUCAGUAGCUUAGGGCCUCAUCAAACCUAAAUCCGUCCCUGGUCAGAAUUUCCAUUUUCUUGUAACUUGAAGCCAUUGGCUCGGAGUAGUAAUAGUAGUAAUUGCUGUAAUAGUUCAGAUUUAUUACAGUGCUUUCAGCAUUCAGAGCCUUUGGUGUACAUUAUCACAGGAGUCUUCCCCAUAAACCUGCAAAUUAGGCCCUGGGGAGAUUGAAUCCCUUCCCUUUACAGAAGACACUCUUCUGUUUGACAAUCAAUACCUCUUCCCUGGGAACCGUAGUUCUGGGAGGGGGGAAAUGGGGCAUUCUAACAGCUUAACAAACUACAGCUUCCAGGAUUCUUUGGGGAAAGCCACGGCUGUUUCAAGUGAUAUAAGAGCAUUUUAAUUGUGUGGUGUCCCGGAUCUAUUUAAAGUUAAACAACUCUGAGAAGGGAGAUCUGCAGAGACAUUGGAGUUACCCAUCAAAAGUUAGCAGAGCAAGGAAGUCACCUGGCCACAGGCUUCCCCACCAGGGUAAAAUGUAUAGCAAAGGCUACCAGCCACAAUGGCUGGGCUCUGACCACCACAGCUGGAAGCAGCAGUCAUUCUGGGUACCAGUUUUUGGAAAGCAAAGGAAGGAAGAGAACUCUCUGCUCGCUGGUUUUCCGCAACCAUCUGGUUGGCCUCUGUGAGAACAGGAUGGUGGAACAGAAGCACCAUUCGCCUGAUCCAACAGGGCUCUCCUUCUGGUCUUCUGCGCCCAGAGCUGCAGAAUCCAGCUGUUCUGAGGGUGGGGUGCACGUGUCAGCAUCGCCCUUGAGCCAGUACCACCAACUGGACUCAUCCACUUCAGCCCCGACUGGGAUAGGCGAGCUGGGUAGCACUUCCAGAGACCACCUUCUCCACAGGAACAGGUCAAAGUGCUGUGGACUCACAGCUUAGAGUUGUGAGCACCGGAUUCACUUCCACAAGAAGACAGUCGUCGCACAGGGGAGUACAGCAGAGUCUAGCAGAGUAUAUAAACAACUUGGAGAGCAGCUCUGUAGAAUAUCUUCUUUAUUCUAUAACUACAACUAUAUACAGAGCUAAAUAGGUCUAAGCAUAAAUGAAUGCUGCACUGCACUGAGUGUCUGCAGCUGCUCUUAGCAGCAACCUUAUCUCUACACACGAUCUCUAACACUCAGUCUCUCUCUCUCUCCGACACUGACUGACUGACUGACUUGGUGCUGGAGCAGAAUAAGUAGAGAGCAGAACACGCCUCCUCCUCUCUGGAGAAUCAGCAGACUCCUCAGGAGAUUCUUGGAUAUGGGAGGGGUGAAAUCUCCUCAGCACGUCUGGCUCCAAGGCCAGCACUUUCUGAGUCUGUUCCACCAUCAAACUGGGAACCAGGCAGAGGGCCUUCUCGGUGGUGGCGCCCGCCCUGUGGAACGCCUUCCCAUCAGAUGUCAAGGAAAUAAACAACUCUUUGACUUUUAGAAGGCAUCUGAAGGCAGCCCAGUUUAGGGAAGUUUUUAAUGUCUGAUGUUUUGUCGUGUUUUUAAUACAGUGGAACCUCGGUUUUUUAGCGUCUCAGAAGCAGAACAUUUCAGUUUUUGAACGCCGAAAACCCAGAAGUAAUUGCUUCCGCUUUCGAACGCACCUCGCAAGUCGAACGGCUUCUGAGGCGCGUUUGUCAAUUUUCUCCAUUGAAUUUGCCGACAGCCCAUCGCUCCUCGGUUGUCGAGCGUUUCAGAAGUUGAACGGUCUUUCGGAACGGAUUACGUUCGGCAACUGAGGUACCGCUGUAUUCUGUUGGGAGUCGCCCAGAGUGGCUGGGGAAACCCAGCCAGAUGGGCAGGGUAUAAAUAAUAAAUUGUUGUUGUUGUUGUUGUUGUUUGUACUGAUGUUGAGUCAGAAUCUCCUUUCUUGUAACGUGAACCCACUGAUUUGAGUCCACCCCUCUGGAGCAGGAGAAAACAAGCUUUCUCCAUCCUCCAUGUGACAGGCCAUCAGAAGAUGACUAUCCUUUCUCCUCCCAGUCUCCUCUUUUCCAAGCUAAACCUCCCCAACUCCCUCAACCGUUCUUCAUAAGGUGUUGUAUCCAGGUCCUGGGCCAUCUUGGUUGCCCUUCUCUGAAUUACAUUCCAGCUUGUAAAUGUUGUUGUUGUUGUUUAGUCGUUUAGUCGUGUCCGACUCUUCGUGACCCCCUGGACCAGAGCAUGCCAGGCACUCCUGUCUUCCACUGCCUCCUGCAGUUUGGACAGACUCAUGCUGGUAGCUUCCAGAACACUGCCCCACCAUCUCAUCCUUUGUCAUCCCCUUCUCCUUGUGCCCUCCAUCUUUCCCAGCAUCAGGGUCUUUUCCAGGGAGUCUUCUCUUCUCAUGAGGAGGCCAAAGUCUUGGAGCCUCAGCUUCAGGAUCUGUCCUUCCAGUGAGCACUCAGGGCUGAUUUCCUUCAGAAUGGAGAGGUUUGAUCGGCUUGCAGUCCAUGGGACUCUCAAGAGUCUCCUCCAGCUUGUAAAUACCCAUCUUAAAUUUAGAUUUCUCUGCCCAUAUUUCAAAUUUGGCCACCAGGGCAGGGUUAGGAGUGAGAACCAUCUGGUCUGCCAGCCUGCCCCCCCCCCCCAUGCUUUAAAGGACAUUUUCUCAAGGAGACAGAAGAAGGAAGUCAAUGUCAGCCGAAGUGUCUUUUCAGAACUGAACGUUGAGAGUACAGUGGCCCAGGAACAGCAGGAACCCUGUUAACACGAGAAAUGGAUGUUUGCCAACCGGCGUAAAAGUCUUCAGGCUUGGCCAGAUUUGGUGCCAGAUCUGAUUCAUCUGGCAGAUUGUCAAAUGCAGGCAAGUCUUUUGAGCGAGAGCGGCUAUUUUUGAGCCGCUGACCCCAUUCUGAAACUGUCCUUUCCUGUCUUCUCCUGGGCAAGGUUCAAGGUCUUGGGUCAACUGGCAAGGCCCUUCCCAACUUGGGACCAGGGUGUCUCAAGGGAUGCUUGAUUGAGGGAGUCCCUGUCGGUGGUCCCCAGUGGCCCCGAUCCACCAGCAGCUAGGUUUGAAAGAGGAUUUACACAGAACAAAAGAAAGUAUCGUGAAAAUCCCUGAAACAAGAAGUAAUCGACUAUAGAAUAACAGAAUUUUAAGAGAAUAGGGCUAUUUAAGAGAAUAGGGCUAUGUUUAAAACUUAGAAUCAUAGAAUAGAAUCAUAGAAUCAUAGAGUUGGAAGAGACCACAAGGGCCAUCGAGUCCAACCCCCUGCCAAGCAGGAAACACCAUCAGAGCACUCCUGACAUAUGGUUGUCAAGCCUCUGCUUAAAGACCUCCAAAGAAGGAGACUCCACCACACUCCUUGGCAGCAAAUUCCACUGCCGAACAGCUCUUACUGUCAGGAAGUUCUUCCUAAUGUUUAGGUGGAAUCUUCUUUCUUGUAGUUUGGAUCCAUUGCUCCGUGUCCGCUUCUCUGGAGCAGCAGAAAACAACCUUUCUCCCUCCUCUAUGUGACAUCCUUUUUAUAUAUUUGAACAUGGCUAUCAUAUCACCCCUUAACCUCCUCUUCUCCAGGCUAAACAUGCCCAGCUCCCUUAGCCGUUCCUCAUAAGGCAUCGUUUCCAGGCCUUGGACCAUUUUGGUUGCCCUCCUCUGGACACGUUCCAGUUUGUCAGUGUCCUUCUUGAACUGUGGUGCCCAGAACUGGACACAGUACUCCAGGUGAGGUCUGACCAGAGCAGAAUACAGUGGCACUAUUACUUCCCUUGAUCUAGAUGCUAUACUCCUAUUGAUGCAGCCCAGAAUUGCAUUGGCUUUUUUAGCUGCCGCGUCACACUGUUGGCUCAUGUCAAGUUUGUGGUCAACCAAGACUCCUAGAUCCUUUUCACAUGUACUGCUCUCAAGCCAGGUGUCACCCAUCUUGUAUUUGUGCCUCUCCUUUUUUUUGCCCAAGUGCAAUACUUUACAUUUCUCCCUGUUAAAGUUCAUCUUGUUUGUUUUGGCCCAGUUCUCUAAUCUGUCAAGGUCGUUUUGAAGUGUGAUCCUGUCCUCUGGGGUGUUAGCCACCCCUCCCAGUUUGGUGUCAUCUGCAAAUUUGAUCAGGAUGCCCUUGAGUCCAUCAUCCAAGUCGUUGAUAAAGAUGUUGAAUAAGACCGGGCCCAAGACAGAACCCUGUGGCAUCCCACUAGUCACUCUUCUCCAGGAUGAAGAGGAACCAUUGAUGAGCACCCUUUGGGUUCGGUCAGUCAGCCAGUUACAAAUCCACUGAGUGGUAGCAUAGUCAAGACCGCAUUUUACCAGCUUCUUUACAAGAAUAUCAUGGGGCACCUUGUCAAAUGCCUUGCUGAAAUCAAGGUAGGCUACAUCCACUGCGUUCCCUUCAUCUACCAGGCUUGUAAUUCUGUCAAAAACGAGAUCAGGUUAGUCUGACAUGACUUAUUUUUCAGAAAUCCAUGCUGACUAUUGGUGAUCACAGCAUUCCUUUCUAGGUGCUCAUAGACUGUUUGCUUAAUGAUCUGCUCCAGAAUCUUCCCUGGUAUUGAUGUCAGACUGACUGGGCAGUAAUUAUUUGGGUCCUCUCUUUUCCCUUUUUGAAAAUAGGGACAACAUUUGCCCUCCUCCAGUCUGCUGGGACUUCGCCUGUUCUCCAGGAAUUCUCAAAGAUGACUGCCAGUGGUUCUGAGAUCACAUCUGCCAGUUCUUUUAAUACUCUUGGAUGCAGUUCAUCUGGCCCUGGAGACUUGAAUACAUCUAAACUAGCCAAGUAUUCUUGUACUAUCUCCUUAGUUAUUCUGGGCUGUGUUUCCUUUGCUGAAUCAUUUGCUCCAAAUUCUUCAGGUCGGGCAUUGUUUUCUUUAUCGGAGAAGACUGAGGCAAAGAAAGCAUUGAGGAGUUCAGCCCUUUCUGUGUCCCCUGUUUGCAUUUCACCAUCCUCUCCUCUGAGUGACCCCACUGUUUCUUUGUUCUUCCUUUUGCUACGAACAUACCCAUAAAAGCCUUUUUUGUUGCUUUCAACCUCUCUAGCAAGCCUGAGUUCAUUCUGUGCUUUAGCUUUUCUGACUUUGUGUCUACACGUGCUGGCUAUUUGUUUGAAUUCCUCUUUGGUGGUUUCCCCCCUUUUCCAUUUUUUGUACACAUCCUUUUUUAAUCUUAACUCGGUUACAAGUUCUUUAGAUAGCCACCCUGGCUUCUUUAGGCACCUUCCAUGUUUCCGUCUCAUUGGUAUUGCCUGAAGUUGUGCUUUUACUAUCUCCCUCUUAACAAACUCCCAGCCAUCAUGAACUCCCUUUCCUUUUAGUAUUACUGUCCAUGGGAUCUCACCCAGCACUUCCCUAAGUUUUAUGAAGUCGGCUUUCUUAAAGUCAAGAAAUUGAGUCCUAGUAUGCUUGGCUGCUCCUUUCUGCUGUAUAGUAAACUUCAGAAGAGCAUGAUCACUCGCGCCUAAUGAUCCUUCCACUUCUACCCCACUAACCAGGUCAUCAACAUUGGUUAGGACCAGAUCUAAAAUGGCUGUUCCUCUUGUUGCUUCUCCCACUUUCUGGACAAUGAAGUUGUCUGCAAGGCCAGUGAGGAAUCUGUUUGACCUUAUGCUCUUGGCUGAGUUUGACAUCCAACAAAUAUCUGGGUAAUUGAAGUCCCCCAUUACUACUAUCUCCCUUCCUUUUGCAUGCUUGGCCAUCUGUUCCAGGAAGGCAUCAUCUAUGUCCUCCGUUUGGCUUGGGGAUCUAUAGUAAACUCCCACAAUGAGGUCACUGUUAUUCUUCUCUCCCUUAAUUUUGACCCAAAUGCUCUCACUUUGGCUUUGAGGUUCUAAAUCUUGGAUCUCUUCACAGGUAUACACAUCCCUGACAUAUAACGCCACUCCUCCUCCUUUCUUGUCUGGUCUGUUUCUCUGAAAUAGAUUGUAUCCCCCAUUAUUACAUUCCAAUCGUGGGACUUAUCCCACCAGGUUUCAGUGAUGCCUAUUAUGUCAUAUUUAGUUUGCUGUACCAAGAGCUCAAGCUCAUCUUGUUUAUUUCCCAUGCUUUGCGCAUUAGUGUACAGACAUUGAAGUUCAUUAAUCAUUCCCCCGUGCCUCUUAUUUAAGGAUUUUUUCCUCCCACCACUAGGUCUGCGUGCUGUUUGCUCCAUUUGGUCUAUGACAUUUGGAUGAUCAUCUUCAUCAAUUGAUAGACUCCUACCUUCAGGAGCACUGUCUCCCUCCCCCACAUUAGUCAGUUUAAAGCCCUCCUGAUGAGGUUUCUGAGUUUUUUGGCAAAAACAUUUCUCCCAACCGUUGUGAGGUGCAGCCCAUCGCUUGCCAGAAGUCCAUCUUCAAGAAACUGCAGUCCGUGAUCUAAGAAUCCAAACCGUUCCUGUUUACACCAUUUGCGAAGCCAGCUGUUCACUUCCACUAUUUUCCCUCUCUCCCUGGGCCACGUCGUUCAACUGGGAGGACAGAUGAGAUGACAAUUUGUGCAUGUAAUUGCUUCAAUUUCCUGCCCAGAGCCUCGUAGUCUCUUUUGAUCUUCUGGAGGCUAUUGCUUGCAGUGUCAUUGGUUCCCACAUGAACCAAGAGGAGGGGGUAUUUGUCAGUGAGGUUUUCAUACCUUCUUUUGUCAUUGAGGUUUUCAUACCUUCUUUGUAAACUCGAGGAAGCAUUUUCAGCCCUGCUCUUGAGCUUGUUUGAUAUCACUUAAAAUCUUAUCAUUUCUUUAUUUCCUUCUGAGGAAACUGAUUAGUUCAGUGAAAUGAGUUUUGUAGCCGGCAUCUCGUUAAGUCUUUGUUUAAUUCUAGUUGAUUUUUUGAUUUAACCUGAGGUACCACUCUAGCUAAUUUUGCCCCCCGCUGCCGCCGCGUGAUUUCUGUUCUCAUCCUGAAGCAAAGUUCUUAACCUGAGGGAUUAUUUCUGGGUUAGCGGAGUCUGUAACCUGAAGCAUCUGUAACCUGAGGUACCACUGUAUUACAUUUACAGUCAUACCUCACGUUACAUCCGCUUCAUGUUACGUUCUUUCAGGUUACGUCCUGCGGCAACCCGGAAGUACCAGAAAGGGUUACUUCCGGGUUUCUCUACUCACGCAUGCACAGAAGCGCAAAAUGACAUCACACGCAUGCACAGAAGCAGCAAAUCGCAACCUGCGCCUGCACAGGCGCAGGCGCGCCGCUGCGGAUUGCUUUCUUUUCAUGUUGCGAACGUGCCUCCGGAAUGGAUCCCGUUCGCAACCAGAGGUACCACUGUAUAUAUAACAAAGGCGGCAUUUUUUCAUCUCCGCCAAGCUAAGCAGUUGACCCCUUACCUCUCUCGCCCUGACCUAGCCACUGUGAUCCACACGACGGUCACCUCCAGACUGGAUUAUUGUAACUCACUCUACGUGGGGCUGCCCUUGAGACUGACCCAGAAACUCCAGCAGGUGCAGAAUGCUGCGGCGAGACUCCUUAUGGGGUCCUCGCUGCGGGGUCACAUUCAUCCGGUGCUAUACCAGCUGCACUGGCUCCCAGUGGGGAACAGGAUCAGGUUUAAGGUGCUGGUUUUAACCUUUAAAGCCCUAUGCGGCCUAGGACCCUCGGACCUACGGGCCCGCCUCUCCUGGUAUGUCCCACGGAGGACCUUACGGUCUUCAAACAAAAAUAUCUUGAAGGUCCCAGGCCACAGGGAGGUUAGGCUGGCCUCAACCAGAGCCAGGGCUUUUUCAGCUGUGGCUCCAAUCUGGUGGAACGCUCUGUCACAAGAGACCAGGGCCCUGCGGGACUUGACAUCUUUCCGCAGGGCCUGCAAGACGGAGCUGUUCCAACAGGCCUUUGGCCAAGGCACAGUCUGACCCCCUCCUUUGGCAGUCCUCACAGAACUCUGGCCCAAUGGUUGCCAUUAAUUUGAUUUGAACUGAUUUUAGAAUGAAAUGGUUUUAGAAUGUUGUACUACCGUAUUUUUCGCUCUAUAAGACGCACCAGACCAUAAAACACACCUAGUUUUUGGAGGAGGAAAACAAGAAAAAAAAUAUUCUGAAUCUCAGAAGCCAGAACAGCAAGAGGGAUCGCUGCGCAGUGAAAGCAGCAAUCCCUCUUGCUGUUCUGGCUUCUGGGAUAGCUGCGCAGCCUGCAUUCACUCCAUAAGAUGCACACACAUUUCCCCUUCCUUCUAAGGAGGGAAAAAGUGAGUCUUAUAGAGCAAAAAAUACAGUAUUUUACUGUUGUUAGCCGCUCUGAGCCCGGCUUCAGCUGGGGAGGGCGGGAUAUAAAUAAAUUGUUGUUGUUGUUGUAAAUAAAUUGUUGUUGUUGUUAUCUCACCUUCUUUCCUCUGAAAAACUCAAGGGGGCAUACAUAAUACCCUUCUUUCUCCCCACGUUAUCUGCACAAGAACCCUGAGAGGUAGGCUAGGCUAAAAGCAGCCGAUUGACCUCCCAGGGUCACCUAGUGAGUAUUUAACCCUCGUCUCCAAGGUCCUAGCCCAGCAAUCUAACAGCAGUGGCUCUGCAGUGUCUGGUUGUUGUUUUUUAAAACAGUUUUAACUGAUUGUUAUCUUGAAUUACAACCAGCCUUUGAAGCUGAGAUCUUUCCGAGAACGGCAUCUGCAAUGGAAUUGUUUUGGAGAUGUUUCACUGCAUGUUGUCUGGCGCCCUGGCCUCCUUUGAGACAAAGGGCGGGAUUCAAAUUUACUAAAUAAAUAAACGGUAUAUAAAUUGUGGAAAUCAAUGCAAGAAACUUGUGUCCUCCUGGAGAAACAUUACUGGGAGGAGGGAACAAGAGUCCUUGGAAAAUACCGUGGUAUUUUCUCAAAUUUAAUCCGUUCCGGAAGUCCGCUCCAAAUCAAAGUGUUCCAAAACCAAAGCGUGCUUUCCCAUAGGAAGUAAUGCAAAACGGAUUAAUCCAUUCCAGACUUUUAAAAACAACCCCUAAAACAGCAAUUAACAUGGAUUUUACUAUCUAAUGAGACCAUUGAUCCAUAAAAUGAAAGCAAUAAUCAACGUACUAUAAAAUAAAUAAGACAAUAUUGUAGAUGAUAAAAAAAUUAAAUAAUUUUUUUUCCUUACCUGCACUGAUGACAGUCAUUGUUUGGAUGGGGGGGCUUGUAUCCAUUUCUGCAGUCACACAAUCAAUCAGUAGCUGAACUGGGUUCCACACAGUCAGAAAAACAUAUUAACCGAGAAAGCCUCAAAAACAAAAACACAAAAUAAAUAGCAAAAACAAAAGCGCCAAACUUCAUCCGUUCCAGAAGUCCGUUUGACUUCCAAAAUGUUUGAAAACCAAGGUGCAGCUUCUGAUUGGUGCAAGUGCCCCGGAAAUAAUAGCCAACAGCUGCAUUGGGCGUUCAGCUUCCGAAAAAACAUUCAAAAACCGGAACACUUACUUCAGGGUUUUCAGCGUUUGAGAACCAAGGCACCACUGUACCGUGAGUUCAAAAUGUGGCUACCAGAUUGCUGAGGGGAUGUUGGGAUUCCCUGCGGGGUGCUAAGACGCAGGGGGCUUUGGAGGUAUAAAUGACCCUGAGACUUUGAAAAACUGGUUUCCUUGGAUCAAGUUAAUUGGUUAAUUUUGUUGAUUUCAUAGAACUCCAGGGACACCCAGGGGUCAUCUAGUCCAACCCUCUGCAAAGCAGGAACCGCAGCUGAAUCACCAGGCUGUGCACUGCGAUGGAGAGCCAAGCCAAGGCGCAGGGAAUCAUUUCCCUUCCAGCCACCCCCCCCCUUGCCCCACCUUCCUCCACCCAACCAAAUGCAGUGGUACCUUGGUUCUCAAACAUUCAUAUAGAUACAAAAAGUCCUUGCGUUCGAUACUAUUUCCCAAAUGGUGUUUCCAGAGGUAUCUCAGUAAUGGAUACAAAGUUCCGACUUUCUCUCGGGUGUAACUACUAAAUUCCAUGGGCGUUUGAAACAUUGUCUUAUCUCGCACGUAUAAGUUUGUUUUUUCUACCUUUUAUUCAUGUAUCUUUCCCGUUCUCAUUUACUCAGUAGAUUUUCUAAUAUGCUGAUUCACUCAUCACGCUUUUACCCUGCGCCAUUUUCUCCGCCAGUGUCGGGUAGGAUUUCCUUAACUUCCCAAUCCUUAAAACAUUUCCCAAACCUCCUUUUCUUCUGCUUCUGUAAAAAGGUAAAGGGACCCCUGACCAUUAGGUCCAGUCGUGACCGACUCUGGGGUUGCGGCGCUCAUCUCGCUUUAUUGGCCGAGGGAGCCUGCGUACAGCUUCCGGGUCAUGUGGCCAGCAUGGCUAAGCCGCUUCUGGCAAACCAGAGCAGCGCACGGAAACACCGUUUACCUUCCCACCAGAGCGGUACCUAUUUAUCUACUUGUACUUUUUGGCAACUGAUUGGCUGGUUGUGUGACUGCAGUACAUUAUUGCUUUCAUUUUAUGGAUCCUUGGUCUUGUUGGAUAGCAAAAUUCAUGUUAAUUGCUGUUUUAGGGGUUGUUUUUAAAAGUCUGGAAUGGAUGAAACCGUUUUGCAUUACUUUCUAUGGGAAAGCGUGCCUUGGUUUUGGAACGCUUUGGUUUUGGAACGGACUUCCGGAACGGAUUAAGUUUGAGAACCAAGGUACCACUGUAACAGUUGUGGGAACUAAAAUAAGGGCUGUUUCAGGCACCAUAAGACAGCAGAUAGGCCCUGAGAUCUUCAGAUGGAGGGUGGUAUACAAAUUGAAUAAAAGAAAUAAAAACACAAUCACAAAACUGUGAACUAGGUGGGGCUUCCCUUGUGCUUGACCCAGAAGCUGUGGCUAGGGCCGAUAGCUGGCAGGAGCGAGGGCUUGCCAACAGAUAACACCUGUACUUGGAGGUCUGCGCCAGUUGCUAAUUUUCUACCAGGCUGAGUUCAAGGUUUUAGGAAAGUCCUUAGCAACUUGGGACCAGUUUACCUGGAAGAUUGCUGCACCUCUUAUGUGCCAGUCGGGCUGAUUCGGUCUGCGGAACUGGCGCUGUUACCAGUGCCACACAAUACCCGUUCUCCAUUUGCAGGAACUUCAUCUUUUUGUGCACUUUGGAACUCCCUGCCUCAUGAUACCAGGCAGGCGCCUCCGCUGUGCUCUUUCUGGUGCCUGCUAAAAGCAUUUGGGAACCGCAGAUCCAGAAAAGGGACUAUCUGCUUAUCGGCCUGUCCGAAGAGAUGGUAUAUAUUAGCAGAGCCUUAACUAUAAGCAUCUUCAGCUUUUUGUUGUCUUGUGUCAGAUCUCUUAGCCGGAAAACAGUUUGGGGGAGUUUUUACAGGACUGCUGCAGUUACAUUGUUUUUGGAAAGCUGUUAAAUGCCUGCGGAGAACCAGAGCCUCACGUGGACGUUCUGAGCCCUUUUAAGGCCAGGAUUCUAAAGAGAGGAGGUUGGAGGUUGUCAAGAGGUCAUUGGAGACAUUUUCGAGAAGAGCAAAUGUUGAGGUUGGUGCGUCAGAGUCCAGCCUUGGCCAAUUUCAAGGGUGGCUGUAACGCCCGCGGAGCCCCUGCUUCCUUAGUUCCACAAACUCAUCCCCAAUGCCGCCCCCACAAAAGGCAUUAUUUAGAAUAGUGGUUUGCACGACCCAGUCAAGAUGAUAAUAAGGCAACAAAAUUGAAAAUGGUGACAGUUAAUUUCACAUCUAUUCCAAAUCCCACUACAGUGGUACCUUGGUUCUCAAACUUAAUCUGUUCCAGAAGUCCGUUCCAAAACCAAGGCGUGCUUUCUCAUAGAAAGCAAUGCAAAACAGAUUAAUCCGUUCCAGACUUUUAAAAACAACCCCUAAAACAGCAAUUUAACAUGGAUUUUACUAUCUAACGAGACCAUUGAUCCAUAAAAUGAAAGCAAUAAUGUACUGCAGUCACACAAUCGGUCAAUUAGUAGCUGAACUGGGUUCCACACAGUCACAAAAACAAAACGAAAAAGAGCCGCCAAAAUAAAUAGCAAAAACAGACAGACCUCAGUGUUAACACUCAAAAUGGAAGUGUGGCACUCAAAUCGGAAGCGUAACACGCAAAACAGAGCACAUUUGGCUUCCGGAAAAAGUUUGCAAACUGAAACACUUCCGGGUUGGCAGUGUUUGGCUUCCAAGUUGUUUGAGUACCAGGGCGUUUGAUAACCAAGGUCCCACUGUACUUAGAUAUAUAGCAGGACGACCCUCCUGGAACGAACGCAGGGAGACUUGGAGCCAAUUCUCAUGUUCCAGAAAAGCACCUGAGAAGCACUUUAGACUGCAAGUGUGCAUAUGAAAAUAGGGAUGUCCAAUAUAAUAAUAAUACUAAUAAUAAUAAUAAUAAUAAUAAUAAUGUUUUUAUGUACGGAGUUGAAUAGUAUCCAAAAUGCAGCAGCCUGAUUGGUCCUAGAACAAUAGGAUCCAGAAUGCUGCAGUCUGAUUGGUCCUAGAACAAUAAGAUCCAGAAUGCAGCAGUCUGAUUGGUCCCAGAACAAUAGGAUCCAGAAUGCAGCAGUCUGAUUGGUCCUAGAACAAUAAGAUUCAGAAUGCAGCAAUCUGAUUGGUCCUAGAACAAUAGGAUCCAGAAUGCAGCAGUCUGAUUGAUCCACAGGAGCCACCCAAUCCAGUUCCAGGUGGAAGUGAAUCCACAACCUGAUUGGCCUACAGGAGAAUCCCAGAAUUAGCCAAUCACAUGGGGCCCAUUGUGUAAAUAAUGUAUAUAAAGCAGACAUUCUGGGGGAACUUCCAUUCCUCCUCACCACUAUGAGCUGAAUAAAGAGCAUGAAAUCCACUCUCGACUCUGAGUAUAUUUCAAAUAAUACUCUGCCCAUCUGACUGGCUUGCCCCAGCCGCUCUGGGCAGCUUCCGACAAAUUAUAAAAACAUAAUAAAACAUUAAACCAAACAAAAAACCUUCCUUAUUCAGGGCUGCCUUCAAAUGUCUUCUGAUGGUGGUACGGUCUCCCUCUGGAGGCGGUGGACUCUCCUUCCUUGGAGGUUUUUAAGCAGAGGUUGGAUGGCCAUCUGUCAUGGAUGCUUCAGUUGAGAUUCCUGCAUUGCAGGGGGUUGGACUGGAUGACUCUGGUGGUCCCUUCCAACUCUGAUUCCAUGGAAGCCCCUUCAAAGAAACAGUUUUGAGACAGAACUGAGCAAACACCAACUUUACCCACCAGGGGGAGCUCUUUGCACAUGCAGGCGGCCGAAAAACCAAAGCAAAGUGGUUUUUUGUUUUUUUUUUGCAAUUCUUGCUUACAAUAUUUCAGUGGCUUUUGGGAUAGCGACUCUCCAGAUGUUGCUAUCCAUUACCAAUUUAUUCCAUAAAAUUUAUACACCGUGUGGUUGUUAAAAAGCAGGUGUCCUGGUUUUCAACCUCCAAAAGUUGUACGGUAUGAUAUACUACCUUCCCCACCACCACCCAACUUUGCUCAAGGUGGCCUGCAUAAUUCACCUCCUCCCCAUUUUAUCCUCUCAUAUAUAUAUAUAUAUAUAUAUAUAAUUUUAUUAGAUUUUCCACAAUAACAAAAGCAGAAUGAUACACAAAAACAGAAAAAGAGAAGGGGAAAAAAAGGAACAAUAAACAAAUAAACAGUGACAACAAACUUAAUUCUUCACAAAUCCAACCUUUUAAACAUCUUGGUUGACGUCCUCAAGUGCCUCCCUUCUGAGUUUCCUUGUAGUUAAAAGUAACAGCUUUCCAAUAUCAUUAUUAAACUAAAACAAUUUCCAAUUAUAGUCCAUCUUAUUCACUUUUCUUAACAUUCUAAAUCCCAUUUAUUUAAUUAUAACGUAGUUUCAUCCUAGGCCUUUUUGUUUUCUUUCAAGUAAUUUCUAAUUUUUUAUAUGACAAUAUUUAUUCAAACAGUCCUUAAAUUUCCUCCAGUCCUCUUGAAACUCCUCUUCUUUCUGGUCGCGGAUUCCCAUUUCUCAACAACCCUGCGAGGUAAGUUAGGCUGAGAGGCAGCGGCUGGCCCAAGGUCACCCAUGGCUGAGUGGUAGAUUCGAACCCGUGUCUCCCAGGUCAUACGCUCUAACCACUACACCCCCACUGCCUCUGCAAUGUAAUGCUGAAGAUGUAGCUCUCUACCCCGGCCUUUGAUGGCCAAGACAGGUGUUUCUGGGAUACACCCCUUUCCCUGUGGUUUGUCUUUUAGAUGAACUGUUUUUCAAUACGUACCAAGUUUUAAAUUGAUGUAAAUCUGUCCUGGGACCUGAUGUUACAGAAGGGCAGGUAACCGACCAACAGGAAAGCUCAGUUGGUUAGAGUGUGGUGCUGAUAAUGCCAAGGUUGCGGGUUGAAUCCCCGUUUGGGACAUCUGCAUAUUCCUGCAUUGCAAGGGGUUGGAAUAGAUUAUUAUUAUUCUUGUUGUUGUUGUUUAGUCGUUUAAUUGUGUCCAACACUUCGUGACCCCCUGGACCAGAGCACGCCAGGCACUUCUGUCUUCCACUGCCUCCCACAGUUUGGUCAAACUCAUGCUGGUAGCUUCAAGAACACUGUCCAACCAUCUCGUCCUCUGUCGUCCCCUUCUCCUUCUGCCCUCCAUCUUUCCCAACAUCAGGGUCUUUUCCAGGGAGUCUUCUCUUCUCACGAGGUGGCCAAAGUCUUGGAGCCUCAGCUUCAGGAUCUGUCCUUCCAGUGAGCACUCAGGGCUGAUUUCCUUCAGAAUGGAGAGGUUGGAUCUUCUUGCAGUCCAUGGGACUCUCAAGAGUCUCCUCCAGCACCAGAAUUCAAAAGCAUCAGUUCUUCGGCGACCAGCCUUCUUUAUGGUCCAGCUCUCACUUCCAUACAUCACUACUGGGAAAACCAUAGCUUUAACUAUAUGGCAAGAUGAUGUCUCUGCUUUUUAAGAUGCUGUCUAGGUUUGUCAUUGUUAUUCAAUACGUAGUGAGUUUUAAAUAGAUGUAAAUCUGUCCUGGGACGUGAUGUUGAAGAAGGGCAGGUAAUAAACGAACCAACAGGAAAGCUCAGUUGGUUAGAGCGUGGUGCUGAUAAUGCCAAGAUUGCAGGUUGAAUCCCCGUUUGGGACAUCUGCAUUUUCCUGCAUUGCAAGGGGUUGGAAUAGAUGAUUCUAGCCCCUUCCAACUCUGAAAUUCUAUGCUUCUGUGAGUGUCUGGAGGCUGUUGGAGGAUGGAUGGCAGCUAACAGAUUGAGGUUGAAUCCUGACAAGACAGAAGUACUGUUCUUGGGGGACAGGGGGCAGGUUGGUGUGGAGGACUCCCUGGUCCUGUAUGGGGCAACUGUGCCCCUGAAGGACCAGGUCGCAGCCUGGGAGUCAUUUUGGACUCACAGCUGUCCAUGGAGGCACAGGUUAAUUCUGUGUCCAGGGCGGCUGUCUACCAGCUCCAUCUGGUACGCAGAAUGAGACCCUCCCUGCCCAUGGAUUGUCUCGCCAGAGUGCUGCACGCUCUAGUUAUCUCCCACUUGGACUACUGCAAUGCGCUCUACGUGGGGCUACCUUUGGAGGUGACCCGGAAACUGCAACUAAUCCAGAAUGCGGCAGCUAGACUGGGGACUGGAAGACCACAUAACACCGGUCUUGAAAGACCAACAUUGGCUCCCAGUAAGUUUCUGAGCAGAAUUCAAAGUGUUGGUGCUGACCUUGAAAGCCCUAAACGGCCUCGGCCCAGUAUAACUAAAGGAGUGUCUCCACCCCCAUCGUUCAGCCCAGACACUGAGGUCCAGCACUGGGGGCCUUCUGGCGGUUCCCUCACUGCAAGAAGCAAAGCUACAGGGAACCUGGCAGAGGGCCUUCUUGCUGGUGGCGCCCGCCCUGUGGUACGCCCUCCAAGCAGAUGUCAAGGAAAUAAACAACUAUCUGAUGUUUAGAAGACAUCUGAAGGCAGCCCUGUUUAGGCUGAUGUCUUAAUGUAUUUUUAAUCUUUUGUUGGAAGCUGCCCAGAGUGGAUGGGGAAACCCAGUCAGAAGGAUGUCUCCACCCCCAUCGUUCUGCCCAGACACUGAGGUCCAACGCUGAGGGCCUUCUGGCGGCUCCCUCGCUGCGAGAAGCCAAGUUACAGGGAACCAGGUAGAGGGCCUUCUUGGUGGUGGCGCCCACUCUGUGGAACACCCUCCCACCAGAUAUCAAAGAGAACAACAACUACCAGACUUUUAGAAGGCAUCUGAAGACAGCCCUGUUUAGGGAAGCUUUUAAUGUUUGAUGCAUUACGGUAUUUUAAUAUUUUGUUGGAAGCCCCCCAGAGUGGCUGGGGAAGCCCAGCCAAAUGGGCAGGGUAUAAAUAAUAAAUUAUUAUUAUUAUUAUUAUUAUUAUUAUUAUUAUUCUAUGAAGUAGUAGUCACAAUAAUACUCCGCAAGUGAGUUUUUCAACCUGUCUCCCUCCCCUCCCACAGGUCCGUGCUUACGUCGGCGCAUUUGCCCCCGAUUUCGACGAGAAGGCGGACCUCACCGCCCUGCGCUUCUUCUCCGUGAACUCCAUCGUGGACCCCUGGGUCUUCAUUAUUUUCCGGACGUCCCUCUUCCGCAGUUGCCUCCGCCGGGUUUCGAGGAGGCUGAGCUCGAAAAGGUCCACAGACUCUCAGCUGCUAGAAACUUGGGAGCGGAAAGGAUCCGAUCGUCUGCAGUGA